GGCAGCCCAUGACUUUUCCCGGUCAUAAUUUGCCCAUUCUACGACGUAUUUGUCACCUAACCUUGAUUCAGAAGCCUAUAUAUACCCGUGUGAAGUGCUCACAUUAUCAUAUCGACGGCUUUCAUUCCUCUGCUCUUCUCCUCCUCUGAUCACCCUCGCUCCAAAAUCCGCGAAUCUUCGUACCGUUACGUGUGUCAAUUACUGCAAGAAAACAACCACAUUUAUCUGCUAUGGCCGACGUUGCACCUAUUGUUCUCAAUGAUGAAAUCUUGGAAUGGCCAAAGAAUGACAAUCGCAGGUUCUUGCACGUUGUGUAUCGCGUUGGUGACCUUGACCGCUCCAUCAAGUUUUACACAGAAGCUUUUGGGAUGACACUUCUAAGGAAGAGAGACGUUCCAAAGGACAAGUAUUCAAGUGCUGUUCUUGGGUUUGGACUAGAAGAGUCUACUUUCGUAGUUGAGCUCAUACACAACUAUGGAGUGGAAAAUUAUGACAUAGGAACAGGCUUUGGGCAUUUUGGUAUUUCAACAACAGACAUUUACCAGUUGGUUGAAACCAUAAGGGCCAAGGGUGGCAAAAUCACAGUGGAGCCUGGCGCGGCUGAAGGUACAACAACAGUCGUUGCUUUCGUGCAAGAUCUUGAUGGCUAUGAAUUUGAACUGUUCCAGAGAGAUGCUACUCCUGAACCACUUUGUCAAGUAAUGUUUCAUGUUGUUGAUCUCGAUCGCUCUAUCGAGUUCUAUGAAAAGGCAUUGGGGAUGAAACUAAUCGUGACGAUUGACAGACCAGAGGAGAAGGACACAAUAGCCAUGAUGGGCUAUGGUGAUGAUCCUAAUCAGAUAGCUAUUUUGGAGUUGAUUUACAACUACGACGUUACUGAAUAUACCAAAGGAAAUGCAUAUUCACAUAUUGCCAUCAGUACUGAUGAUGUGUACAAAAGUGCUGAAGUUGUCAAACUAGUUACCCAAGAGCUUGGAGGGAAGAUAAUUCGACAACCAGGGCCAUUUCCCGGCACCAACACCAAGAUCAUCGCUUUCGAAGAUCCGGAGGGUUGGAAGACGGUUCUGAUUGACAAUCAAGACUUUCUGAAGGGACUGGAGGAGUGAUUGCAGAUUGAAAAGCUUUCGGUUGUUGCUUUAAACUACACAAAAAACUAACCAUAUUUGUUUGUUUUAUAAAAAUAAAGCUAGCCCUAGCGGUUAUUGUACGUGAAAUGAGUUCUUAAGUCUGUGUAUUCUGUUGUAUCGUGUGAAAUAAUAAUACCCAGGAAUUUCUGGGAUGUGUACCAAGUAUAAUGUCUUAGUGGAUACACAUUUGUGUUGCUA